CCCUGUCUUCCAACCUGUCUUUGCCCGUGUGAGCCGGUGAGCCCACGCCAAAGCAGCAACCACCACCUCCUCUCUCUCUCUCUCUCUCUCUCUCUCUACAGGAACGAGGAGUUGCUUGGUGCUGAUUUCUAUUUCCGGUUCCAAUUAAGCGCAGCAACGGCAGUGUUUUGGUUUUGGUUGCCUAAUUAAGCGCGGAGAGACGAGAGAAAAAGAGGAGGCGCCUUUACUGGAAAAGGCCUCGCCUUUCUCUUGAAUCUUGCCUCGCAUGCUUUCGGCUUCCCGCCCCUUGCAACUUUGGAACCAGAGGGAGGGAGAGUAGCAUCCGAGCCUCACCGUGUUGUUCUUCGAGGUGUUCUUGGUGGCGGCGGAGCAGGGGAGCCUCGCCUGGCCUCGCCUUGGCGCGUAAUCCGCCUCCGUCCGGGGAGAUGGAGGCGGCCGAACUCUUGGAGUAUGAACUGCAGAAAGAGGUCACUGGCAUCACGAUCAGAAACUACAUUAGCGGUUUGCAUCGCGAGUUUAAGAUGAAGCUAUGGGAGCAUCAGAACUGCAUUAGCACCUUGAACAAGAACUGGAAGGAAAAGGUUUCCGAGAUGGCGGUGCUGCGAGAUGAACUUAAUGGUAUCUUGGUUGUUGUAGCGGGUUCAGAAUUCGGUAUGCAUCCUCCUUCCCACGGUAGUCUGGAAAAAACAGAAGACCAUAACAUUCUGAAGACGAAAGAUGACAAUGAGCCUCAUGUAUUGGAGAAAGCUACUGAGUUGGGUGAGGCCAUGCUUGAGAUCCCAGAUUUUUCCCUCUUGAAGCACAUGCAAAGCGAAGAAAUCACGAAUUUUCUCAAGUCAGAAUGGCUAAAAUUGCGAAGACAGCAUGAGUCCGAACUGCAUGAGAAGACAGAAGAGCUGUUCAGAAUGAAAAGGGAGUAUGCAAAAGAUAAAGCUUCGUCGCCUCUUAGGAAAGAAAGAGAGCUUGAGUUCAUAAAAUCAAAGUUGCUUCAGACUAUUUCCAAACUGGAUGAGAUAGUCUCGAGGAAAGAGAACUCUUAUUUUGACCAUAAUGAGCAUGACGAGAUGUUCAGAUUGAAGGACAGGAUCGAUUCUUUACUUAAUGAAAAUGAACAUCUUCGAGGUUUGCUGGCCGAUAAAAGAGAGGAGGUGAAGCACCUCUCUUCUCAAGUACUGGGUGCAAAGAGCAAAACGGCUCAGCAUUCAUUGUCAGAGGCAAAACUCUUGAAUCUUAUUGAGAAGGUUAGAGAUGAACUUGAAGAUUUAAAGAUUGAGAGGCACUUGACCAAUUUAUUGGAUUCAUCUAUAUUCAGGGAAGUUUUUGAUAAUUAUGAGAAUCAGAUUUGUGAUAUGAAUCAGGAGGGGUCUUUCCUCAAAGAGUUGCUUAUAGAAAAAGAUGACCAGCUAAGUAUUAUAUAUGAAGAUAGACAGAAGCUCAAGUAUGAAAAUAACCAACUUGUAUCAAUUGCGGGGUCAACAUUAAUACAACACCAUGAUCAAGUCAACUUGGUUAACGAUGAGCUUUUGAUGUUUAGGGAGAAAGUAUGUGAGCAAGAACUGCUGAUAUUAGAGUCAAAGAGCGAGUAUAAUUCAAUGAAAAGAUGUUUGUACGAGGCUUUGCAGCAAAUCCAUGUAUGCAAGCAAGAAAUACAUGGGCUGACUGAAAACUUAACUUCUAUGUCUGUUGCUUUGGAGGAAGCCAAAGAACAGAACGCUUCACUUGACGCCACUAUUUGGGAAAUGAAGAAAACAUCAGCAGGAUGCAUUGACAGUCGUAGGGUACAAACUGGACACCUAGAGUUUGACCUUGCUAUUAUGGAGAAGUUGUCUAAAGCAUAUAGUGAUUUUGAAAGAAGAUUAUCUGAAACUAUGAAAAGAAAUGAAACAAGGUUGACUAGUAUAAUUUGUCAGUUUAACCCACUGGUGCAGCAAGUUGCUGUCUUAAAGAAAAAAGAAUUCUGGUAUAAGCAAAUACUCGAGAUUAAAUGUUCAAAUCUUCGGAAAGCUGAAGCCGAGGUUGACAUACUUGGCGAUGAGGUUGACACCCUUCUAAGUGUUCUGGGAAAAAUCUAUAUAGCACUUGAUCAUUAUUCUCCAGUUUUGAAGCAUUACCCUGGGGUUACAGAGAUUUUGAGGCUUGUGCAGAAGGUGUUGAAAGGAGAAAGCAUUUAGCUUCGUGCCACUCUGGGGAAAAUCUUAACGAUUUCUUGUUCAUAGAAACACUUGGACAAAAUCCUUAGAAGAGUUACAAAACUUCAGUAAUCUGUGCUGUGGGCAAACUUUUGUAUCGACUUACAGCAAAGAAGCUCGCUAACUUUUAGAGUAGUAUGUGCAGUCAAGGUAGCCAUGACUGUUCAAUUUCGAGAGUGACUGGCGUCAUCUUUGCUAGCUUCAUUUGUGCUAAUGUGCAGUUAUAGUUGAGUUAAGAUCACAAAUUUAAAAGGUCUUUGUUUGAUGGAGCAAUUGUCUUAGUGUACAGUAGCCAUGACUUUUAUUGGGUAGUGAAAAUGUAUUUGUAACAAUUGCAGUUUGUUACAGUUUAAAAUUUAUAAAGAUUCUUUGUUUGAUAGAAGGAAGUAUGAACAUUAAUACUACCGACGAGUGAUAAGUGCAGGUUUCUAUAGUAUCA